UCUUCGCUUCACGCACACGCAGCAACAACCCAAUUUAAUACGCGAGGAGAAGAGAUUUCCCCAUUUCCCUGCCUUCUCCUCUCGCUCUCCCCACGAGACCGCGCCCACCAAAUUCCCCUGCUUGAUCGCGCCGAGCUCAUUUUCCGCGUUGAAUUCGUGUAGUACUCUGCAGCUUUGAUUUCACCCGAUUUCAGCUGUUUGCACCGCCGAGUCAGUACGCUUCUUUUUGCCCGAUUUCAUUCGCCGACUCCCACCUCACUGAGAUCAUCAAAUCUUGGCAUCGGAUUCCGUGCUGCCUUCGACGUCAAUCCCCGUCUGUUUCCGGCGCGGAAUCCAGUUCCAACGCCGAACCGUCAGCAGAUUCGUUGUUGUAGCUCUAAGCGGCGGCUUUCAGUUCGAGCGCAUCAGAGGCAGCAUCCCCGAUUCCGGCGAUGUCGUUGCCCGCGAUUUCCCUGUACACCAGUCCGCCGGGCGCGGUCUACUCUUCGGAGUUCGACCCAACCUCCCGUGGCUCGUCGCCGUCCACUACCGCUGCGCCCCCGCCGCCCGCAGCCUCGCACCGCUUGCCCUCUGGCGGCGGCGGCGGCGGCCUGUCUUGCCUCUUCUCCUCGCCGGCAGCUGCGGCCGCGCCGCCCCGCGCCCCGGCUCACGACGACCUCGGCGCGCUGUGGCACGACAGAUCCGACGACCUGAGCGUCGUCGGCGGCGGGUACUCCUACUCGCACUCCCACUCGUCUUCACCGCUCAAGCGGCGGGACCUGCACCACAACCACCACAGCCCCGUGUCGGUGUUCCAGGGGCCGUCCUCCUCUUCACCCUCCCGGAGCCCGCCGGCUUCUUGGCUCGCCGCCCGCGACCGCGACCGCCUCUUCGCUGGCUUCGUGCGCAACGCGCUCGGCUCCUGCGUUGACUACGCGCCGCCCUCCAGCCCUCGCCCGGAGGUCGGCGCCGGCGAGCUCGCGUUCGAGCUCGACGAGAACCUCGCGGAGGCUGGCCCUGCCUGCGAGCCGUACGCCCGGGAGCUGCUCGCCAGUGCCCAGGAUCGCCACCGCAUCUUCCACGAGGAGCUGGUCGUGAAGGCCUUCUUGGAGGCCGAGAAGGCUCACCGUGGCCAGACACGGGCGAGUGGUGAACCAUACUUGCAACAUUGUGUGGAGACUGCUGUGCUACUCGCCAAGAUCGGCGCAAAUGCAACAGUUGUCUCGGCUGGGCUUCUGCAUGACACCAUUGAUGAUUCAUUCAUUGACUAUGAUCACAUCUUCCAUAUGUUUGGUGCUGGGGUUGCUGAUCUCGUGGAAGGGGUAUCCAAGUUGAGCCACCUUAGCAAACUUGCUCGUGAUAACAACACAGCAAGCAGGACAGUUGAAGCAGAUCGCUUGCAUACGAUGCUUCUUGCAAUGGCAGAUGCACGCGCUGUUCUAAUAAAGCUUGCAGAUCGCCUGCAUAACAUGAAGACCUUAGAAGCUUUGUCUUUGGUCAAACAACAAAGAUUCGCUAAGGAGACAAAGGAGAUUUUUGUGCCUUUAGCUAACCGACUAGGGAUUGCUAGCUGGAAAGACCAGCUGGAGAAUCUUUGUUUCAAGUAUUUGAAUCCAGAAGAGUACAAGGAGUUGUCAUCCAAACUGACAGAAUCCUUUGAUGAAGAGCUAAUUACAUCUGCUGUGGGUAAACUAGAUAAAGGUCUGAGGGAUGCUGGUGUCUCAUAUCACAAUCUUUCUGGGAGGCACAAGAGCCUAUACAGUAUCCAUUCCAAGAUGCUAAAGAAGAACUUGACAAUGGAGGAGAUCCAUGAUAUACAUGGCCUGCGUCUCGUGGUUGACACCGUAGAAGAUUGUUAUGAAGCCCUUUGUGUGGUUCAUAAAUUGUGGCCUCGAGUUACUGGUCGAUUCAAGGAUUACAUAUCACGUCCAAAACUAAAUGGGUAUCGAUCACUGCACACUGUUGUCAUGAGUGAAGGCGUCCACCCAUUCGAAGUUCAGAUCCGCACAAAGGAGAUGCAUCUUCAGGCUGAGUAUGGAUUUGCUGCACACUGGAGGUACAAGGAAGGCACUUGUAGGCACUCAUUCGUGCUCCAAAUGGUGGAAUGGGCAAGAUGGGUCCUUACAUGGCAAUGCGAAGCGAUGAACAAAGAACGGACUGCCUCCCUAGGCAAUGACGACACUGUGAGGCCACCAUGCCCGUUUCCCUUGCAUUCAGAGGAGUGCCCUUACUCGUAUACCCGCCAAUGCAACCAUGAUGGACCACUAUUUGUCAUCCUCCUGGAGCAUGACAAGAUGUCUGUCCAAGAAUUCCCGGCAAACUCAACUGUAAUGGAUCUCAUGGACCGUGUGGGCGCCAACAGCUCAAGAUGGAGCCCCUACAGCAUUCCCGUGAAGGAAGAUCUGCGGCCGAGGGUGAACCACGAGCCCAUAUGCGACCCAAACCGGAAGCUCAGCAUGGGGGACGUGGUGGAGCUGACGCCGGCCCUUCCUCGCAAGUCCCUCAGCGGGUACCGGGAAGAGAUCCAGCGCAUGUAUGACCGUGGUGGCUUUGCGCUCUCAACCCGGGGUGGCGGCUCGAGACGCUGCUGACAGUAGUAGCAAGACGAUGUUAACCCUUUUUUUCUACCAUUGUACUACCAUUCAAUUCGUUGUAAAUAUAUAUAGCAGUUAGGUCUUGCAGCCGGGUGGGUUCUGGCGAAAUCUGUUGUUGGCCUGGGUGCGUGUUGCUGCACCCUGUCCUGAACCCCAGAGGCUGGGCUGCAUGCAAUGUGUAAAAUUAGAACGCUGGUGUAAAUAAGCUGUUCAAGUUCGUUUCAGCUUCUCCCAAGAUUUUUGGAGAAAGAAAGAGCUGUAGCUGGAUCUGCAAUUCUGCAUCA